AUGUCUGCGCGGCUCGUUUCAGAAACCGUCCAGCAGACGCCGCUGGUGAGACAGAAUUGUAACUUUGACGUGGCCGGGGACCUGUGCGGGUACAUCCAGUCCCAGGGGGACGACUUCGACUGGACACAGGACACCGGCGCCACCCCGUCAUCCUUCACCGGGCCGUCAGACGACGUCACAGCGGGACUGACUGGUACUGCAGGUUACUACAUGUACAUCGAGACGUCGACCCCCCAGAGUCGCGGCGACGUAGCCCAGUUGCUGACCCCGCUCCUGCAGCCCACGGCUGAGAGAUGCCUCACGUUCUACUACCACAUGUACGGCUCGACUGUCGGCAGUCUCAACGUCUACAAGGUGGCCAGGGGACAGCAGACACUAGUCUGGACACAGCAGGGAGCUCAAGGGAAUCAGUGGAACUAUGCCGAGAUCGAUUACGACAGCAAGGACCAAUAUCAGUUCGUGUUUGAAGGGGUGGUGUCUCGCAAUUACGGUGACAUCGGCCUGGAUCACAUCAUUAUGAAGUAUGGGCAGUGUAGCGGCAGUACAGCGCAAUGUGGAAGUUCUCUCGGUAUGGAGGAUGGGUCCAUCCCGGACAGUUCCCUCUCAGCGUCCACGUCCAAACCGGGUAACCCAGCUUCGGCUGGACGCCUCAACUCCGCCAACUACUGGUCCCCGCAGGACAGCGACCAGGACCCAUGGCUUCAGGUGUGUGUCUGUAUUCCAGUAGUGUGUAUAUCGCAGUAG